UCCAACAUGGAAGUCCUAAGAACACUGAGGAGAAAUUGGAAGAAAUCAACAUUUGGUUUUGCAGCACUGGUUUAUGGCACAAAUUAUGCUGUUAAAUCCUAUGAGAUUUCAGAAUUGAUGAAAAAAAGCUGCUUGGAGGCCGCGUCCGUUGGCAAUCAAUUGCUCCGGGAAGACCAAAACCCGCAAAAAAUCACAGUCAUCGUCAAUCCAGCCGCCAGCAAUCGAAAAGCAGUCAAGCUCUUCGAGAAGUACUGCGAGCCGCUGCUGCACUUGGCCGGCUUCACCGUGACCAUAAGACAGACCCAGUCGGAGGUGCACGCGCGAAACAUUUAUGGCUCGCUGAACAAGGACCAGGACGCGCUGGUGGUGGCGGGCGGCGACGGCACCCUGGCCGACGUCAUCACGGCCUUCAUGCGCGAGAACAGACACACCAACGCCGAGGAGGGCUGCCCGAUCGGCAUCGUGCCGCUGGGCAAGCUCAAUCGUUUCGCCGAGUCCUUCCUGUUCCGAGGUGCCGAGCAGCUGCGCGACAAGGCGAAGAUCAUCGAGGCCACGAUGUUGAUCAUACGUGGAAAGACCAAGCUCGUCGACGUCAUCGAGAUCGAUCUAGUCAAUAAAAAUUCGGAGCAACCCGAACAGUCCGUUUACGCGUUGGGAACCAUCGAAAUGGGCAUUUGGAAAGACGUUUUCUCGAGGGCCGACAAGUACUGGUACUUCGGAGCUUUGAGAAGAUAUGCAACGUACUUAUUUUCGUCGUACAAGAGCGACAUAAAAUGGCAACACGACGGUAUUAUUCGCUACUCCGAUCCAUGCAAAGGAUGCAGCAAGUGCUACAAGGAAGAUCAGAUCCAGCAGCAAACGACGAACAAACGUUGGUAUCAUCGACUUUAUUCAGUCUCGGAUAAUAAGCCCAAUGUGAAUGCAGUCGAUCUUAGCCGCGUCGAAAAUGAUAAAUGCGGCAUAAUGCGAGAACAUCCAUACGAAACAACGGAAUUAAGGAUAUCGACUCAAAAUGUUUACGAGGCUACCGACAUCAAAAAACCAUCUCUAAUUGUUGAAUUGGGUCGCCAAAGUUUGAGCUACUCCGAAUACCUAGCCGAAGGCUGGAGGAGAUUGAGAAAUGGUCCACCAGAAUGGCACGAAGUCUUAUUAGUUAGAAAUAUAGAAUUGACCCCUUCCGGCGCAGAUGACGAGAAUCAAGCGAAAAGUGACAUUUACAUCGACGGCGAAAAGUUCGAGCUGAAACCGCUGAAGAUGAAAUUAUUGAAAGAAAAGGUAAAAGUAUUUUCUCAAUAAAAUCGUACAGGUUCGACUAAUUGAAGGCAUCAAUCGCCGUGUUUGUACAAUACUACAUCAAUGUAAAUACAUGU